AUGGCAGGGACUGAGAUCUCUGUCCCUUCUGAGCAGUUUACUAAAAUCAAAGAACUGGAGUUGAUGCCAGAGAAAGCUCUGGAAGUGGUGGAGGACGAUGGAGCGCACAGAGGGAGGGAGCACCCAGGUCCCAGAGACCUGAUGGCCAGGUUCCCCUCCGGGGCCCUCCCUGCCAAUGUGCGGGAGGGGGAGUGGGAGCCGGUGCUCAGCACGGAGGAGGGCAGCAAGCACAUCGUGACCCGGCAGACGGUGCACCUUUCCUCCGAAGAGGUGCAGCUGCAGGACAUUGGCUGCCUGACGGCGCAGCCCCAGGAAGGGGUGCAGGUGAUGCUCCCGCAGGCCAGCGGUGGGCUGCAGUCCCUGCUGUGGCUUGACCAGGGGCCUCAGCAGUGCAUGGGCAUUAGCGUCCAAGAGGACGUGCACACUUUGCAAGAGAUGGAGGUGACGCAGUCUCACAUGCUGGAGGGCAGCGUGGCCGCGGCCGGUGGAGACAGCAAGUUUGUGGUAAACCUGGCUGAAAACACCGCGCUGAUCAAGGGGGAGGACCAGGCACCUGUGGAAGGAGGAUUCGGUGGCCACACCGAGGAUCAGUUCUUUCUUGUGGAAGCCAAGCCUGGCGACGGAGGAAGUGACGAAAUUGUUCUGACAAUUACACACUUAAAUUUGGGAGAACCGGAAGACAGACCUGCCUCCACUCAAGGACCCGUUGAAAAAGCCAACUCUACAAAAAAUCAGAAUACAACGGGUAGGCUAAAACAAACCUUCCGCUGUGAUAUCUGCAUGUUCACCUCUUCUAGAAUUUCGAGUUUUAAUCGUCAUAUGAAAACUCACAGCACCGAAAAGCCCCAUACGUGUCACCUGUGCCUGAAAGCUUUCCGCACGGUCACUCUUCUGCGGAAUCACAUCAACACCCACACAGGAACCAGGCCCUACAAGUGUGGUGACUGUGUCAUGGCAUUUGUCACCAGUGGGGAACUUGUCCGACACAGACGUUAUAAACACACUCACGAGAAACCCUUCAAAUGUUCCAUGUGCAAGUACGCCAGCGUGGAAGCGAGCAAGCUGAAGCGGCACAUCCGCUCGCACACGGGGGAGCGGCCCUUCCGGUGCAGCCUGUGCAGCUACGCCAGCAAAGACACGUACAAGCUGAAGCGGCACAUGAGGACUCACUCAGGCGAGAAGCCCUACGAAUGCCACGUGUGCCACACACGCUUCACGCAGAGCGGCACCAUGAAGAUACACAUGCUGCAGAAGCACAGCAAGAACGUCCCCAAAUACCAGUGCCCGCACUGUGCCACCGUCAUCGCAAGGAAGAGCGACCUGCGCGUCCAUCUGCACAAGCAGCACUCGUACAGAGCCGCGGAGAUGAAGUGCCGCUACUGCACCGCCGUCUUCCAUGAGCGCUACGCCCUCGUGCAGCACCAGAAGGGUCAUAAAAACGAGAAAAGGUUCAAGUGUGAAUACUGCCCGUAUGCCUGCAAGCAGGGGCGUCACAUGACCGUUCACAUACGCACCCACACCGGAGAGAAGCCAUUUACCUGCACCUCGUGCAGUAAAUGUUUCCGACAGAAGGAACUUCUGAAUAUGCACUUCAGGAAAUACCACGACGCCAGCUUCAUCCCGACUGUUUACAAGUGCCCCACAUGCGGCAAAAGCUUCUCCCGCUGGAAUAACAUGCAAAGACAUUCCGUGAAGUGCGACGCAGGGCAAGGAAAGCCGGCUGGCUCCGGAAAAGGGAGAAGAACGGAGAGGAGAAACCUGGCCGUCCUGAAAGAGGCAGGAAAGGAAGACGGAGACCGAGUAAUUGGGGAUGGACUAAAGGUUUUGAAACUGUCGCCCGUGGUCGGUGACCUGUUUGCGAUGGGGCAGAGUCAGGGCGUAACAGCCUCCGUGUUGGCCACAGCCCCCGCGGCCGCGCGACUGUCCCUGCCGGCGUUGACCCUGGGCCUCCUGGACACUGGCUCUGAAAUAAAUGAAGAGCGAAAUCAAAGGGGUGAAAAGUGGGUCUCCAUCUCCACCUGCGACCUCAGCUGGGGCUCAGGCUGGGGUCUGACUCUGGAGCGUUGCCUGGACCAGACGCACGGCGAUGCCCGGGAACGUUUUCUGUGGUCUCAAAUGAGGAGGCCCAUUCGCCGGCAUCCGGAAGAAGACGCCACGAGGGAGGCCUGUGCUUCGAUGGUGGAGGAGUUCCCGGGAGAGACGGUGCCAGUCGGCUACGGAGGCGGCGCGGCCGGAAGCGAGGACCUGAACGAAGACAUGAGCUGUGAGAUGAUCCUCCAGAUGAUGGAUAAGUGA